AUGCUGCGCGGCGGAGCGCCCCUGGCCGCGCUGCUGCUGGCGGCGCUCAGCCUGGCCCGCGGGGAGCCCCCGCCGGUGCCGGGCUGCGGGACGGAGGCUCCGAGCCGCCGCGCCGCGCCCGCGCAUCGCCCGCACGGGCUGUACCCGCAGGGCCCCGCCGCGCACGGGGCGCUCGGAGCGCCGUCCCCGCGGGGCCGGAGAGCGCGGGGAGCCCGGGGAGCAGGAGAAGAGCCGGAGGGCGAGGCGGACGGCCGGGGCCGGAGCUGGGGGGAGAGGCGGCGGGGCCGGGAGCCGCAGGUGCCGGACCCUCCCCGGGAGCGGCCGCUGCCCGCGCUGUACUUCUCGGGCGGCCGGGAGCAGCUGGCGGCGCGGGCGGAGGCGCUGCCCGCGGUCCCGCGGGAGGAGUUCACCCUGGAGCUGUGGGUGAAGGCGGAGGGCGGACAGAACAACCCGGCCAUCAUCGCAGGUGUCUUCAACAACUGCUCGCACUCAGCCAGCGACAAGGGCUGGGCGCUGGGGAUCCGCGCCCUGCAGCUCGGUGGCAAGAAGGACGCGCGCUUCUUCUUCUCCCUGCGCACGGACCGGGCGGCCGCGGCCACCGAGGUGACCUCGCACCAGCGCUACCGGCCCGAGGCGUGGACGCACCUGGCCGCCAGCUACGACGGGCGGUGGAUGGCCCUCUACAUCGACGGGGUGCGGGUCGGCCGCUCCGGCGGGCAGCAGGGGCCCCUGCACAGCGCCUUCAUGUCCUCCUGCCGCACGCUGCUGCUGGGGGGCGACGCCUGGGGGACCACCCACACCUUCCGGGGACACCUGGCUGGGCUGGCCCUGUGGCGUGGGGCCCUGCCCCAGUCCCGCCUCCAGCGGUCCUUUCUAGAGGAGGUGCCUGAGGAGACGGCGGGGCUGGCUCUGGCCGCUGGCUUUGCCGCCCCGGAGGAAUGCUGGACGCCUUUUCGGGAGGGCGCCUUCCCCCAGCAGUGGGUGCUGCUGUCCCCCCCGUCGCCCAUCCUGCGGCCGCUGGGGCCCCCUGCGUGCGGGCAGACUGCCUGCGACAACGUGGAGCUGGUGUCGCACUACAACCAGCACUGGCCGCUGCGCAGCGGGAAGGUGGUGCGCUACCGCGUGGUCAACCUGGCCGAGGACGACGGCGGGCGGCCCACGGUCAGCUGGGAGCAGAUCUGGCGGCAGCACCGCGCUCUGAGCGAGGCUUUCCGGCCCUACAACAUCUCCUGGCAGCUCAGCCUGCUGGAGGUGCACAACUCGUCCCUGCGCCGCCGCGCCGUGCUGCUGGGCUGCGAGCCCAGCAAGGUGGGCAACGAGCGCUGCGACCCCGAGUGCGAGCACCCCCUGACCGGCUUCGACGGCGGCGACUGCCGGAGGCCCGGCCGCUGCUUCUCCUGGAAGCGCCGCGACGGCGUCUGCCACAUGGAGUGCAACAACAUGCUGGACGACUUCGACGACGGCGACUGCUGCGACCCGCGGGCCACCGACGUGUCCAGGACUUGCUUCGACCCCGACUCGCCCCAGCGGUAGGCGUGGGGCUGGAGGGGGGUGGUGUGUCCAAGGGGUGGGAUGCACCCUCUGCCCAACACCUGCUCUGCACCUGGGAAUUGCUGCCGACUUCCUUCCCACUCUGGCUUCCCAGUGUGGGAAGGCAGAGGGGCGU